AUGGGCAUGACGGGACCCUCACUCCCUCCCUCCUGCUUCCACUCGUCUUUUCAUCUCCGGCCGUCCUUCCUGCACGUCCGGGGCCCCAUGCCUGAGGUCCCUGGGGGGUCGCGACACGCAGGGUCGAGGAUGCCUGGGCGGGAAAGGCGCUCCCAGAGCAAGGGCGGGGACUCCCAGAAGAGCACCAGCACUCGAGACGCGCUGAGGCAGUGGGAGGAAAACACGGGGGAGAAAGCGGGCGAGGCUAUAGAAGUGAAGCUGAUCGGCCUGCAACCCCCAAUCGAAAAGCUGGAUGCCUCCCUGCAAAACCUGACUGCAUGCGAGAAGCUCUCUCUCUCCACCAACACCAUCGAGAAGCUCAACCACCUCAACAAUCUACGCAAUCUUCGCAUACUGAGCCUCGGCAGGAACAAUAUCAAGAGUUUCGCCGGCCUGGAGGUAUUGGCGGAGACCCUGGAGCAGCUUUGGAUCUCUUACAACCUGAUAGAAAAGCUAAAGGGAAUCGGAGCGUUAAAGAAACUGAAGGUUCUGUACAUGUCUAACAAUUUAGUGAAGGAAUGGGCUGAGUUCAUGAAGUUACUCGAGGUGUCAACGUUGGAGGAGCUCAAUUUCGUCGGAAAUCCCCUUGAGGAGAGCACUCUGCGGAGGGCCACGUGGAGGUCUGAGGUGGAGCGCAAACUAACGGCACUUAAGAAACUGGACGGCCUUCCUAUCAUUCGCGAUGUGGAUGACGAGCUGAUUAUCGAACAGCAGCAGCAGCAACAACAACAGGAGGCGCAGCAGACACAGAAUCAGGAGGAAGAGAAGAAGGAGGGUGAGGAGGAGGAGAAGAAGGAAGGAGAAGAAGAGGGACAGGUAGAGGAGGAGAAAACACAACCAGAGGAACAAGAACAAGAGGCAGAGAAGAAGGAGAGUGGUUAGAAAAACGCACUUCAAACGUAUGGUAUUCUGUAAAUACUCUUCCCAAACGCUUUUUAUAACUCUCCAUGUCCUCACUUCACCGUGCUAUGUAGACCAGUAUUCAGAGACGUUUGCUUUCUCACCACGACCAUUUCCAAAGGGUACAGAUGAUUAGCCAGCCGGAUUCUCAAGAGUGUUCUUCCCAUUGAGUAACCAGAGAGGAAGUGACUGAUUUCCUCAUUAGUCACAGGUGUUAUAGUUGUUUUUUACUGCUUAUCUGUGCAUUAAUGCCUCCCACACACACUACUACUGCUAUUAUUAUUACUUCUGUUGCUGUUGUGUAGUCAGACUCAUUGAAACGCUUGAAGGUUGGAGCUCCAUGCAUACAAAGAAAUAUAGCCGCCUCAAAUGCUGGUUUCGUUUAUUUGUAGAAUAUUGUAGGUUCAGUAAAAAUAAAGCAGUCUAUUUGAGAGA